AUGGACGAAGCCGGAAGGGCCUCCGCUCCCGCGGUGGUGACGGUCACGGCCUCCGCCGCCGCCCCCUCGCCUCCUCCUCCCCCGCCCCCCGCCACGGCCACCGCCGCGGCCGCCGACCCGCCAUCGCCCGACCCUGACGCUCUCUAUGAAGAGGGAAUGUGGCAGCAGAUGGCCAUGAGCAGCGGCGCCACUAUGCAAUCUGGGCCAUAUCCUGUGCGGCCAGGGGAACCGGACUGCACCUACUACCUCAGGACUGGAUUGUGCAGGUUUGGCAUGAGCUGCAGGUUCAAUCACCCUCAGGACAGGAAUACGGCUAUUGCCUCUGCCAGAAUGAAAGGAGAAUAUCCUGAGAGGGUGGGACAACCUGAAUGUCAGUACUAUCUGAAGACUGGAACAUGCAAGUUUGGGCCUACGUGCAAAUUCCAUCACCCUAGAGAAAAGGCUGGAAUCGCAGGAAUGGUGCAGCUAAACACAUUGGGAUAUCCACUUCGACCGAAUGAAAGGGAGUGUGCAUACUACUUAAAAACGGGACAGUGUAAAUAUGGGAAUACAUGUAAAUUUAACCAUCCAGAAAUUUUCAGUGCGGUGGCUUCUUCACGUGGUUCCCCUAUUUAUCCUCCUGUACAUAACUCUGGAAGCACUGGUCCACAUUCCUAUACUGGAACAAUGGCAAGCUGGACUUAUCCAAGAGGUUCUUUCAUUCCAAGCCCUAGAUGGCAAAGUCCUUCAAACUAUACACCGAUGAUUGUACCACAGGGUCUUGUUCAAGUACCAAACUGGAACUCAUAUCCUGGCCAAAUGGUACCUGUUUCAUCUCCUGAGAGCCGACUGCAGUCUCCAGGGGCUCAACAAUACUAUGGAACUUCCCGACAAGGUGAAGCCAGUGCAGGAAAUCAGGGAAUGCAAUCACCCUACAGAUCCAGUUCGUUUCCUGCACCUCAGUAUGCACUGCAGAGAGAGAAUGUUUUUCCUGAGAGACCUGAUCAACCGGAAUGCAUAUACUACAUAAAGACUGGAGAUUGUAAAUUUGGUGCAGUUUGCAAAUUCCAUCAUCCCCGUGUGCGUUCACAGCCUCCCCCAGACUGUAUCUUGAGCCCAAUGGGUCUUCCAUUACGCCCAGGAAGAGCUCUGCAAGUUCUAUUCUCGCUAUGGCAUCUGCAAGUUCGGCGUAAACUGCAAGUUCGACAUGGCGGCUCCGAUGGGGGUCUACGCGUACGGCUACUCCGCCUCGGCGUCGCCCAACGCGCCCAUGGCCCGGCGUCUCCUGGAGUCCCCCUCCGGGUCUGCGUACGCCUCCUAAGGCAAGGCUCCCUGGCAUUUGACCCUACCUUGAUUGAUCUCGAUGAUGUAUAA